GGAAAGCAAAAUAAUGCUUCAAAUUGGAAUCUCAAUGUUAACCCAUGACCCCACUUUAUGCUGCCGAUGAUGUCGAGCUUUCCAGAAUUCUCUAUCUCUCGUUGUCCAAAUUUCUAUAUAUUUCAUUUCACACCACUCCCACUUCAUCUAAACAUUGACAACCUUAAUAAUUUAUUCUGUUUGUGGUCUCACUAGCUAGAAACAACAUCACUACACACAAAUGGCACAUACUUUAUCCACUAAUCUGGCUCUUAACCUUCCCACAUCGAGGUAUGUUCGUCCCUCGAGACCAACCCAGGUGAAGCCCAUGAAGGUCAUGAUGGGUGAUGCAAGAGAAAAGCUAGAACAUGUCCAUGUGCCUAAACACAACAAGCACCACCAGCCCCUCCCCAAAAACAAAGUUGCUCCUACCCCACCCGUAGGGUUGUGGGAUCGAUUUCCUACGGCAAGGACAGUGCAAGAGAUGAUGGAGACGAUGGAGAGAAUGAUGGAGGACCCUUUUGCAUUUAGCACACUUGAGUGGCCUUCAUCACCCCUUCCAAGUGAGGGAGUGGGAGGGUAUCGAAGAAGGGGAAGGGCACCAUGGGAAAUUAAAGAGUGUGAGAGUGAAUACAAGAUGAGGUUUGAUAUGCCUGGGAUGAACAAGGAGGAUGUGAAGGUGUGGGUGGAGGAGAAGAUGCUUGUGGUCAAGGCUGAGAAGGCACAAAAGAAGAAGCAAGAGAAUGAGAUUGUGGAAUUACAACAAGAAAAGCAGCAAGAAGAGGAGGAAUGGUCUGCUAAGAGUUAUGGUAGGUAUAGCAGUAGGAUUGCUUUGCCUGAUAAUGUGCAGUUUGAGAAUAUUAAGGCAGAGGUUAAGGAUGGUAUGCUUUACAUAACCAUACCCAAGGCUACCAGCUACUCCAACAUCCUUGAUAUCCAAGUUCAAUGAUUCAUUUUGUUUUGAGGUCUUUUCUUAGUUUUUUUGUUUUGGAUUUUCCACAUGUCUCUUCCUUUGGAGACAAUCCUGUUAGAGGUAUGAUCAGAUAUUAAAUAUAAACAUCUUUUUUAACAGAGAUUUAAACAUUAAUUUAUCACUU